AAUGGCCCGCAGAGAAAGGCUACAGCGGAUAGGGCCGGAGAGCUUGGUGAGCUGGCAGCAGUUGGAGAAGAGAGCCGUCCGAAGAAAGAGCAGAUCCGAAGAGGGGCUCGUUCCGCUGCCGGAGAACCAAGCUGGCGCAUCUCCUGCCUGCCCCAGCCAUGUACAGCAUACUAGAGAGCGAGUUGAAGGCGCCCCAGCCUAACCCCGGAGGAGGUUCGGCCGGGAACGGCGCUCCGGGAGGCAACGGCAAGGGUGGCGGCGGCGGAGGAGGAGGAGGAGGAGGAGGAACCGGAGCCACGGACCAGGACCGGGUCAAGCGGCCGAUGAACGCGUUCAUGGUGUGGUCGCGGGGCCAGCGGCGCAAGAUGGCUCAGGAAAACCCCAAGAUGCACAACUCUGAGAUCUCCAAGCGCCUGGGCGCAGACUGGAAGCUGCUGAGCGACGCGGAAAAGCGCCCCUUCAUCGACGAGGCCAAGCGGCUCCGCGCCGUCCACAUGAAGGAAUACCCGGAUUAUAAAUACCGGCCACGUCGGAAGACCAAGACGCUGCUCAAGAAGGACAAGUACUCUCUGCCGGGCAACCUGCUGGCCCCGGGAAGCGCCGGCGGAGGCGGCGUCAGCAGCCCCGUCGGGGUCGGGCAGCGCCUGGACUCCUACGCGCACAUGAACGGCUGGCCCAACGGCGCUUACGCCUCGCUGAUGCCCGAGCAACUGGGCUACAGCCAGCACCCGGCCAUGAGCAACGCGCAGCUUCAGCCCAUGCACCGCUACGAUGUGAGCGGCCUCCAGUACAGCCCCAUCAUGUCCAGCGCUCAACCCUACAUGAGCGCGGCAGCCUCCACUUACACCAUGUCUCCAGUUGCUGCGGCGGCGGCGGCUGCCGCUUACGGCCAGCAACCGUCGGGGCACUCGAUGAGCUUGGGGACGAUGGGUUCCGUGGUGAAAUCUGAGCCCAGCUCGCCGCCACCGGCCAUCACCUCGCACUCCCAGCGGGCCUGCCUUGGAGAUUUGAGGGAUAUGAUCAGCAUGUACCUUCCGCCCGGGGGCGACGCGGCCGACCCGUCGACACUGCAGGGCACCCGGCUACACGGCGUCCACCAGCACUACCCGAGCGCCGGGACUGCUGUCAACGGCACCGUGCCACUAACUCACAUCUAGCCGUGUUCCCCUCGGAUCGCCCUCUACCACCGCUUCCUCAAAACGCUGGCACCGAACGUCUCGCCUACGGUUUAGUAGCAGGAGAGGUGGUUUGAGGGCAGA